CCUCUCUCCUAGGAGGCGGGUCUAGGCUCGGUGUGAAUCGGUGCGAAGUUCAGCGGUGGCCUUGUCAAGUUUGGUGAGGAAGAGAGAAAAAAAGGCUUUGUCAUGGCUGCUGUGAGAGCCUGUCGGGUUGGGCGAAGCAUUGUUGCUUGUGGCUUGAGAGCACAAUCCAGUCAUGCUACCGCAACAUCACCCAAAAGCAAAUCUGCCGCUGGCUACAGCUUUGAACUUACUGAUGAACAGAAGGAAUUUCAAGCUACAGCUCGUAAAUUUGCUAGAGAAGAAAUCAUACCUGUUGCUUCUCACUAUGACGUAACUGGAGAGUAUCCUGUUCCUCUCAUUAAAAGGGCAUGGGAGCUUGGCUUGAUGAAUACACACAUACCAGAAAGUUGUGGUGGCCUUGGCCUUGACACUUUUGAUGCCUGCCUUAUUACUGAAGAAUUGGCUUAUGGAUGUACAGGAGUUCAGACAGCUAUUGAGGCAAAUUCCCUAGGUCAAAUGCCAGUCAUAAUUGGUGGAAAUGAGCAACAGCAGAAAAAAUAUUUAGGAAGAAUGACUGAAGAGCCCCUAAUGUGUGCAUAUUGUGUAACAGAACCUGGUGCAGGCUCUGAUGUAGCAAGUAUAAAGACAAGAGCUGAAAGGAAAGGAGAUGAAUAUAUUAUUAAUGGACAAAAAAUGUGGAUCACCAAUGGUGGCAAAGCUAAUUGGUAUUUUUUAUUGGCACGUUCCAAUCCUGAUCCAAAAGCUCCUGCAAGUAAAGCUUUUACUGGAUUUAUUGUGGAAGCUGACAGCCCUGGAAUACAGAUUGGAAGAAAGGAACUUAACAUGGGCCAGCGCUGUUCAGAUACUAGAGGGAUUGUUUUUGAGGAUGUAAGAAUACCCAAAGAAAAUGUACUUAUUGGUGAAGGAGCUGGAUUUAAAAUUGCCAUGGGAGCUUUUGAUAAAACAAGGCCUCCAGUAGCAGCUGGUGCUGUUGGAUUAGCACAGAGAGCUUUGGAUGAAGCUACAAAAUAUGCUAUGGAAAGAAAAACCUUUGGGAAAGCCAUUGCAGAGCACCAAGCAGUGUCCUUCAUGUUGGCCGAAAUGGCACUGAAAGUGGAACUGUCUCGCCUGGCCUACCAGAGGGCAGCAUGGGAGGUAGAUGUUGGUCGUAGAAAUACCUAUUAUGCCUCCAUAGCAAAGGCAUAUGCGGGAGAUAUUGCAAAUCAAGUAGCUGCUGAUGCUGUCCAAAUUUUUGGAGGAAAUGGAUUCAAUAGUGAAUAUCCAGUAGAAAAACUAAUGAGGGAUGCAAAAAUAUACCAGAUUUAUGAAGGAACAGCUCAAAUUCAGAGAAUAAUUAUAGCUCGUGAACAUAUUGGCAAGUUUAAAGCUUGAGAAUGUCCCUGAUGUACAUUAGCUUGAUUUACAAAUGUUGGGCUUUUUUCUCCUGGUGUUUUACUUUUAAUAUGGGACAAAAAUGGCAUGCAACAAUGUAUUGUCAAGACCUAAUAUAUGAAAAAUCCAGUCACUUAAUUUCUAGAACUAUUCAAGAGAUUUCACAUUUUUGUUCAGCUUUAUCUGAAUAUGGUUAUCGCUGUUCUUUGAAAUCUCUAUAGUGUAUUUAAAGUGCCUUGGAGUUUUGUAAUUGAACAGGUCACUGACCUAAAUUAGAUGAAGAAUUUCAUACCAAAUUGAAGUCUGGGAGCCAUAUGUGAAUUAGAUAUUGUUAGAUAUGUAUUACAGCAUUACUACAUAUUACAUAUUGACUACAUUAAAAUAUUUUUGUAGAUAAAUUAGUUUUAUUGCCUGCAGUUGGAUUCAUAAAGAAGAGCUAUUUUUGUUUCACAGAGCAGAAUGAAAUUUAAUUAAAGUUCCUUGCUGAAAGAUGCAAAAAAUGUUUUUUAUUCAAUUGCCUUUCCCAUGCCUUAAUGCCACUGUUUGGAGUGUUACUUCAAUUCUCUAGGAUAAAAUUUUGAGGAUGUUGUAAGAAGGAGAGAGAAAAUGGUGCCUUAAAUGACCAGUCAACAAUUCCAAGUUACAGUUACAGUUAACGAAUGAUGGUUACAACUAGUUCUUGGAGUUCUGGUCAUCCUAGCACCCUGCUAGUCAUGUGAUUGCAAUCUGGGUGUUUGACAACCAAUUCACACUUACAGCCAGUUGGCAUGCAUCCUACAAUCACUAUUGCCACUUGCAAUAUUUCCUGCUAGCUCCCCCAGGCCAAUGGGGAAGCUAGAAGGAAAGAUUGUAAGUUGCUGAUCUAAGUGUUUCCUAUCACACAGUCUUCCAGCCUCUCUGCACUUACUUCGCAUUAGUAACUCACCCUCUGAUUCGUACCCCUGUGCAUACCUGCUGACCUGAUUGGCACUUUGUGCACCCUCAGCAACCCUCAUGACACCUCUCACAUACUGUCCCUGACUCAUGCAGCAUCCUUUAUGCACCCCCUCACAUCACAUCUCUUGAGAACGCAAACUCCUGUCGCAAUUGCUGUUGGAAGGACUAUCUAUACCAGAGGCGUCAAACUCGUGGGGUGCAGGCCAGAUGCGUCACGCACUGGCCACACCCACCAUUUUGUGGGAGUUGUGAUACAUGAUGACAUGAGUUUGACACCCCUGAUCUAUACUCAAAUAUGAUAAACAUAGCCAUGCAAUGCAAUUUUCCCCUAAUAAUUUUAUAUUUACAGUAUUCUUGAGCUGUAUUUUCAAAUUACCAGUAAACCAAAAUUAUAUAUGCCUAAAUAUGACCUUUUUAUUAUAAUUGGUGUAUAUAGUUAUUUUGGUAUUGAAACUGAGACAUCUGAUUCAUGUUAAUCCUUAUGUGUGCUGAAGUAUGUUAACCUGUCUUCCCCCAAAGAGAUGAAGUUUAUUUAAAUAGCAAAACCAAAUGAAAAGGUUUAAAAAAACAUUGUUGGGCUGUGAGCUUGAUUUUAUUUCCCCAAUAAAACAUUAUUUGCUAAUGUUCUUUUUUUCCUCUCUCUUCUCCCACCCUUCACAACCCCUAGACCUACUUUAAGGGUCCUCAUUUAUUUUUGAGAGAAGUGAAAGAAACCUCCAUCAUACCAGUGGAAAUCUAUUAAAAUAAUAUUAGAUUUAUAUCAGGAAGACUAAUAUUUAUAUGCCUAAGUUAUGUUUGCAGAGCUAUACAAGCACUGAAAGUAUUUACUUAUAAAGCCUCUUUGCCUCUAGUCUGGAAAAGCCUGCUUCCUAUUCACUGAGGACAUUAGCGCAACAAUCUAUGCUGGAUUAAGGUUAUUUGGAAAAUUGUCGUUUUCUUUGGGGAAAUGCCAGAAAAUCUGAUUGAACAUUUGUUGUACAGUAUUAUCUCCCAUCUAUUGCAUUUGGCCAUGGAGGGGGGGAAUAGCUGUUGCUGCUGGAGAUACCUCUUGUAUAGCUUUUCCUUCCCUUAGUUGGGGUUCAAUCUGGGGAAUGUGAACCUUGUUCAUUCUUUUGAUCAGAAAGCAGUACACCACAUUUAUUGUCAUCCAGAUCUGAAAAGCCCAGGCUAAGUGCAGAUUGUUCACUUUCCCUCUUUGUAUUGGCUGUUUGUCUGCCCUACCAAUGAAGCCAUAAUCGGUAUUCCAAUAGCUGCAAUAACUACUAUUGUUAUGAAGGCAGCAACACUGCAGACUUUAAUGUGGAGCCAAAGUAAGAAACACAAUGGAGACACCGAUUUUCAGAUGACAUACUUUCCCCCCUUUCAGAAUAGGAUGAAGGUAUGGUGGAGAGCGUAACAGUGGUUUUGAAUGUACUCCCUUUGUACUCAGUUUGCCUAAUAGUGCAGUGAUGAGAGUCCAAAUUCUUCAAAAAUAGUUUUGUCACCUUUUCCAGGCUGAGUGUGAGCAGCUGUUUUUCAGAGAUCCUCAGAAAUCUUUCUUCCAGCUGUGAUACAAUUCUGUAUACCUGUGUCGUGAAAAACUCACUUUUGAUAGUAAAGACCCUGAAUCUGCUCUUGAACUAAGGCAGGAUCUCCCACUCACACUUCAUUAUAAUCUCAUUAAUUGAAACACCUGACUAAUUUCACCAUCAAAUGAGAGUGAGGUUUAUAUACUUUUGCCACACAGAAUUAUGUACCUUUGUAUCAUUUUCUUCAAUAAAUGAACAAAUCUGA